AUGUUAAUUGAUAAUAGUUGUGCUCGUGAUUCUGGGAUGAGUUCAGAGACUGUCAAUUCCACGCAACGUACUUCCAUGAGCAACGAGAGCGUUUGCAGCACCAGCUUCAGCCGCCUCUCCUUCGACCUCCCCCCUUCCUCCUCCUCGCCGGAUAGCCUCUUCGUCAAGCCUCACCGCUCCUCUGACUUCGCCUACUCCGCCAUCUUCCGCCGUCACUCCGCCCUCACCUUCCGCGACUUCCACCUCCUUCGCCGCAUCGGCGCCGGCGACAUCGGCACCGUAUACCUCUGCCGCCUCCGCCACGACGAUGACGAGUGCUUCUACGCGAUGAAGGUGGUGGACAAGGAGGCGGUGGCACUGAAGAAGAAGGCGCAGAGAGCGGAGAUGGAGAGAAAGAUUCUGAAAAUGGUGGACCACCCCUUCCUCCCUACUCUCUACGCGGAGUUCGAGGCCUCGCAUUUCUCUUGCAUUGUGAUGGAGUAUUGCUCCGGUGGCGACUUGCACUCCCUUCGACACAACCACCCUAACAAACGCUUCUCUCUCUCCUCUGCCAGGUUUUACGCGGCUGAAGUACUGGUGGCGUUGGAGUAUCUCCACAUGCUGGGAAUCAUCUACAGGGAUCUGAAGCCAGAAAACGUGUUGGUCAGAUCAGACGGUCACAUCAUGCUUUCUGAUUUCGAUCUCUCUCUCUGCUCCCUAGCAAUCCCCGCCGUUGAAUCCCCUGAGUGUUCGCUGGAUCCUGCAUUCCCACGCGCGUUACCCUACACCCGCCAGUACUCCACCCCUUUUUCCUGCCUCUCCAACCGCAUGUUCCGGUCCAGGAAGGUCCAAACCCUCCAACCGAACCGCCUCUUUGUGGCCGAACCAGUUGGGGCCCGCUCUUGCUCCUUCGUGGGGACACACGAAUACGUCUCGCCGGAAGUGGCCUCCGGGAACUCCCACGGCAACGCCGUCGACUGGUGGUCCUUCGGGAUAUUCAUCUACGAGAUGGUCUACGGUCGCACACCCUUCGCGGGCCCAUCCAACGAGGCUACGCUGCGCAACAUCAUAAAAAAGCCCCUCGCCUUUCCCACCGCCACGCCCUUUACCACGCUUGAAAUGCACGCGCGGGACCUCAUCUCCGGGUUGCUCAACAAGGACCCGAACCGCAGACUCGGGUCGAAACGCGGCGCUGCCGACGUCAAGAAGCACCCCUUCUUCGCGGGGCUCAAUCUGGCGCUCAUACGAAUGGUCACGCCGCCGGAUGUUCCCUCCCUCAGAAGACAGAAAACAACGCCGUUUUGCCCCGCUAACGAUAACGGCAACGUAAAUAAUAGUAGACAUGACCUAACGCCGUUUGACUACUUUUAA